AUGGCAUCACAAGAGUCGUUACCCUGCAGACCCCAAAAGGCACUUGUACCCGUCCGGUGGCGAAAGUUUGCCUUUUGCCCAUUGCAUCAUCAGCGGAGGAAAGUGAAAAACCGCCCGCCGCUGACCAAUAAGCAGCAGACAAAAUUUGCUGUUUCUCAAUCACACCAACCAAUCUCCGUUCCUGCUUCAAUCAUCAUCACAACACUUCACCUCAGAUCGGCGCUAAACUUGUUUCCUGUUGCCGAUUGCAUCACCACCGGAGGAUCAAAAAACACUACCGGCGUUGACCAAUCAGCGACAGAAACAAAUUGUCAUCACACGGCCAAAACGACACAAACACUUCCGGCGGAUCCAGUUUUCUUGAACUUUCAAGGCACUGUUAUGUUUGGAUCAGGUGAGUUCCUGUCCAACACUUCAUGUUCACUUGAAGGGGUCUACCGGGUCUAUUUUUCAGAGCACUCCUCAUCCUUCGGUAAACAAACAAGCACCAAUCUUCAGCAAUGCUCCAGUCAGGUCGAAUCGCCCAGGCACUUUCCAAUCCUUCGAACAAACCCAAUAAGCAGCAGCCAAGCUUCCGACGUCGAAUGGUCCAGUUCUACCGUUUUAGAAUUUUCAAGGCUCAAUUCCACUUGGGCCAGGCAAAACGGAUGAAAACACGACACCGACCGACG